UACGUGCUGCACGUUUUGCGGACGCGCGCACUGAUAGCCGGAAGCACCGAUGGGAGGAAAAUAAAAAUCGAUGAAAUCCGCUGUUAAUUCGCGAGUAUAAACCUUCACCCUCCUUUUCUUUUUCGCGACGGUGAGCGCAAACCGAUCCGCCCGAGAGAGCCGAGAGAGAGAGAGAGCGAUUGAACGGAGUUGCUCGCUGCGGGUUUAGCGUUAGCUGACGUGUGGAGAAGUUGAGACUGCCAGGGGGCAGAUAAACAAACACAAAACAAGCAGGGAUCAGCUGAGCGCCCCUCUGAACCGAACCAGCCGCACGGGGGAGCGAUGGCAGGGAGAGAGGCUCUCUUCUUCUUCCGGGCCCGAGAAUGAUCCGCGGGGACGCCGUGACUUUACGCUGAUUCCACAGCUCCAUGUCAACUGUCAAACGCGGGCACACAAAGAAUUUCCGAAGCACCGCGCGAGGACGAGCCGUUGAGCAGAGCAGCCGUAUGUUUGUCGAGACACGCGCAGGCUAGCAUGGACGACCAAUGAGCGCAACGUUACCUUCCGGUUUUCACCUGUAACGAUACGAGUACGCGUCACAGUGCAAAGGAGACAGAGAAGUGUGAUCAACAUGGCCCACCAGGCGACCCCUAGUUCCCAGAAGGCCCUGAUGAUGGAGCUGAAGUCUCUGCAGGAGCAGCCGGUCGAAGGCUUCCGCAUCACUCUGGUUGAGGAGUCUGACCUCUACAACUGGGAAGUUGCCAUCUUCGGGCCCCCGAACACCCUUUAUGAGGGAGGCUACUUCAAGGCUCACAUCAAGUUCCCUGUGGACUACCCGUACUCCCCACCAACCUUCCGCUUCCUCACCAAGAUGUGGCACCCCAACAUUUAUGAGAACGGAGAUGUGUGCAUCUCCAUCCUGCACCCACCUGUCGACGACCCUCAGAGCGGGGAGCUGCCCUCUGAAAGGUGGAACCCCACCCAGAAUGUCAGGACUAUCCUGCUGAGCGUGAUCUCCCUGCUCAAUGAGCCCAACACCUUCUCCCCGGCUAACGUGGAUGCAUCCGUCAUGUUCCGCAAAUGGAGGGACAGCAAAGGCAAGGACAAGGAGUAUGCAGAGAUUAUCAGGAAGCAGGUGAUGUCAACGGUGGCAGAGGCGGAGCGCGACGGCGUCAAGGUGCCGACCACGUUGGCGGAGUACUGCGUCCAGACCAGGGUCCCCUCCCAGGACAGCAGCUCGGACCUCCUCUACGACGACCUCUACGACGACGACAUGGAGGAGGAGGACGAGGAGGAGGACGAGAGCGAGAUGGAGUCGGUGGGCGAGGCCGGGGGCCUCAGCCCCACGGAGGACGGCGGGACGUCAACCAGGCGUUACGACAACCAGGACGACUCUGGCAACGAAGACUCAUGAUGACCUGGAUGAUAACGCCUCCCUGAACCCCGCCCCCCCACCAACCCCCACCACCACCACCACCCUACUUUUAUGUGUUGCGUUACAAUUUUCGGUGUGUGUGUGUAUGCACAUACAGCGGGGUGAAAAGUAAACUGCCAAAAAACACGUUUCAUCAUUUAUUAAACUACUACAAAUGGUCGGUCAAACAAUAGUUGUAGUCAGAAUUUGUGUGUUUCCACCGUUUGCCUUAAUUACAGCUUGCACUUCGUCUGGCAUCAGGUGUUAUGAGAAAUUAUUCCAGCACAGUUUGAGAGACCCCCCCCACCCCCCCACCCCCCUCACCCGGCAAGGCAAAGCAUCCCCACACCUGAAUAUUUCCACCACCGUCCCUUCAAUUCCCUGGAGUUCUCGCGCUCAUGCAACCCGCUCCUCGUGGACCGCUGUGUGAGUUGUUUGGUUGCAACCAUGACUUUUUUUUCUUUUUUUUUUUCUUUUUGCCGUUUAUUUUCUUGGGCGUCGAUUUUAGAAUUGCAUUCAGUCUACGCUAAACCAAUCAGAUUUUGUUUUGCCAUUAAAGAAGUAGUUUAACUGCCACAGUUUGUCGGUCUUUUAACUGUAGUUUUGUCAGGAAUUUGUUUUCUUUGUAGGCUUUGCGUCUCGGAUGCCGAUGCAUGAAAAGGUUUGCUUUAAACCACAGUGCCAUCUCCAGUUCCAUCUUGUCCUCCGGGUGACAAUAACUCCAUUUUGUGAAAGGAUUUCCAGCCUUUUAAUACCAUCCAUUUUAUCCUGACCGUGCAUUAAUGGUGGCAACCAUUAAUUUGUCAUUUAAAAAUCCUAAUCAUUGAAAUUUUCUAGGAACGUACAUUCUUCCAUGACGAGGUAAACCUACAAGUACUUUAAUCACAUACACGCAUUUCCCAAAGAUUUAAAAAGUAAACAAAUUGACUCCAAGCUCUUGAUAAACGAUGGAAACAAGCUGUCUCCGCGGUGGUCCCUGGAGCCCACCUUAACCGGCCUGCACCUUUUCUGACUAGUCCGCGUCACAUUGUCUGCUGUUUUCUGUUUAAACAUUGUCUCCUUCCACCUUGUCUUUGCUUUUUGCGGCGACUUCUUUAGUUUCGUCGGUAGACAUUCUGUACUCUCCUGCUUUUUUUUUUUUUUUCUGGGAGGGGGCCUCAGACGACCUGGCCGACGGACGCUUUGCUGCUUGGCUCAUUAACCAGUCGAUGAGCUGGCCCAACUUGUCCUGUCAUUUUCCAUCAGUGUGUCUUCUGGCAUACAAUCUCUGCCCCUUACACGCCCGUCUGUUGGACUGAUGCAGUCAAUCUAAACUGGCAAACGCCCGCUCAGAAGUGUCCAUUACGGCUGCGCCCUCGUGAUCCCUGAAAGUACCAUUUCUUGUGUCGCCUCCUGCACCUCUGCCUGCCUCUUAAACCUCAGGGCCUCCAUAGACUUUUGCCGAGAGAGAAAAAAAGAAACAUCAUACACACACACACACACUGCUCCUCACUUCCACGUCGUCUUCGUAUAUCUUCUUUAUCCCUGGGUGUUUUUAGAGGGCAGGGAGUGAACUAAAAGUCUCCUAAACCCACCGUCAGCAUGUUUACACAAGACUGAGUGUUGCUGUUGGUCUUAAUUAUGGUCCUUUUGAGUUUAUGUGGUCUUAGUCCGCUUGAGUCUGAUCGAAAGAAUCGGAAAGCACCUGUGGGGACUUUCACUUCAAGAAAAAUGCUUUGCUUGAAAUACAUAAUGCAAAAUGUUCUGUUUUUCGACCCAACUCUAGCUUGAAUGCUACUUUGUGAAAAUUGGACGCAGUUACUGUUCUACACCCAAUCCAUUUCGAUCCAGUCCGUUUAUCGACAGGAACAAAUUCGACAUGCAGCUUAGUGACACGUUUUUAUUUAAAUGAAUAUGACACUGAUUGUCUGUUGUGUGUGUGUGUGUGUGGAUCUUUACAUUUACUGCUCAUCUAUUGACUACAAUGUCCGGGGUUUUGUGUCUCUUGAAUGGAACGGGUGCACACCAGUGAGUUUGCCCAGGUGACCUUUUGGACUUUUUCCUAGCUGAGCAAACAUUGUUUUCUGGUGAAGACUGAUCUGGCAGAGGAUUUGACUAAUAAAAAUAAUAAAAAAACACUCCUAUUAAAUGUUGGGAGAAACUGAACAUAAUGGGACUAUUACUACUUUUGCGGCAUCAAGCAAACCAUUAGGGUUGUGCUUUUAUGGUUGGAGGCAGGAAUCUGUUGCCCUUUUUAACUCAACAGAUCACUGCACAAACAGUUGAUUCAAAUGGAUGGAUUUUAUGCCAAGGAAAGAACAGCCCCAGAAUUGUUCAUUUCGAAGACUUUGGAGCAAUGGCUGCAUGUGGUGGAUUCAAUGCUUGAAUUAACUCUGUAUGAGAUACCUUUUUUGGAUUUUAAUGUGAAGCCAGAGGAGGGAAGAAUGUCCGCCUGGCCCAGUGCUUUGGAGGCCCACAGAGACUGGAUUCUGGUGUGGACGGGGAGAGGAACUCCAUUCCUGUGCCGGAUCUUGAAUGGAUUUAUAUCAAGGCACAACCGGAGGGCUGAAAGUUCUGACCGUAUCUCGAUGGGGUUCCACAUUAUUUUGCUCAUCCCUGACCACAUAGACAUGAAAUAAAGUUAUAGAAAGGAAAUCUACCAAUACUCUAGGUAUCUGCUAAGGGACUAGUCUGACACAAAUAUUAAUUUACUUUGUGGCAGAGAUGAGAUCUAUAUCACUAAUGCAUUCAAAUAAAACUACCGACACCGUUUAGCUCAGCUUUGCACAAGGACACGACGUGGGGGAAACGGUUAGUUUGGCUCUGUCUACCUAUAUCUUGUUUGUUCAAUCUGAGGUUGACCCUAAUCUGUGAUUCUACUCGACAAAGAUUUUCUUUGACAAUGAGUAUUUGCUUCUUUUUUUUUCAUGCUGAAUAAUUUUAUUUCCAGGAAACACAUGAGCACAUCUCCAGUAACCACGUGAUUGCAAGUGGUUUGUUGAGAAACUCCCGUUUUUCAGAUCUAUUAAAUCAACUAAUUGACUAGUCAGCUAAAAAUGUCUUGUGACGACAACAGCACUGGUUUAAUCUAUACAAAACCCUUUGUAUAAAAAUGUGUAUUUGAUGUCUUACUGAGGUCGAGUUGAAGUAUUUCGUAGUAACUUCUCUGAGCGACUUACUGGCAAAGAAAUAGUCCACCAAAGGGCAACCGAUACUCCCCUUUUCUACAUGUCUGGACAGGACGAAAUUUGCAACAAAUGUUGCAACAAAUUGUUGCUUUCCCCCUCAGAGUUUUGUACGGAUUAGAUAAACAAGAUGUAAAGUCUUAUUGAGUGAGUUUUAGAGGUGCUGGGAGGCUCUUUGGCAGCCUAGUACAAAUACAGGCCAGCUGUUUCCUGUUUACAGGCUUUAUGCUAAGUUUAGCUCAGUCUGCUGUAGCUUAGUAUUUAAUGGAUUGACAUAAAAGUCAUGUAAAUCUUCUCGUCAAACUCCUUGCUAGAAAACAAACAAUUGCCUGUAUCCCAAAAUGGUCCAAUUGGACCUGGAACAGGUGAAACUCCUUCAAGCUCACUAAUGAAAAUGCAACAUCAAAACAAUUAAAUAUAAAGGGGACAGGCUGUGGUUAUAUACUGGAAAAGUUACUUCCUGUAGUUUACCUUAGAAUUGAGCAGGUCUAAGUGUUUCCUUUUAUUUCCAGUCUUUGUGCUAAACUAACCAGCUGCUGGCAUUAAAACACUUAACAGGCACAUGACGGACUGACAGAGUUAACUCUAGGCAAUAAAGCAGAUUAUUAUUAUUCUCUCAAAUAAAAUCAACUGCUUUAUUUGAACAAUGUCUUUCCAUCACGAAUUUAGAAAUCAGCAUUUUAAGAAUUGAAAAGGAAGUUGAGGCGUAGCGGUGCCCUUGUCAGAGCACUUCAAUGACGAGUUAAAAGCUCUACAAACAUAAAAUCCUGCUCCAUUUUUACUUUAAUAUAUUGCGUAGACCUAAGAAAUGACGCACUUAAAAGGACUGCAGUCUGCGGAUAUGAGAUACUUAUGCGUACACACAGCUACAUAGGAACGCCUGAAUGACAUCAUUUAGUUUGUUUAAUCUGGGUGUGGGAGCAUGUGUGUGCAAGUAUGUUUUUGAAGUGUGGAUUAAAUUGCAUGGUCACACACGCUAUACCGACCAGAAUAGUGUCCAGAAUACUGAUAUUAAUGCUGUUCUUGCUGUUUCUUUUCUUUGAUUUAAUGCAAUUUUACUCAUCAUUUUGUGUUUGUGAGGAUGCAAAUGUCACACAUAAAGUUUCUAUUGCAAAGAAA